AUCGCUUUCGAAAGCAAUGAUAACUUUCAGCAACAACAUCCCCUUUUUGGAAUGACGGGUUUUUCGAAGCGGGAAAGAACAUCUAUGGCACAACAAAAUAUUAUGGCAACAAAGUAAUCUUAGCGGAACCAAAACAAUUUAAAGAUACUACUGAACUUUCGUGAAAAUCGGUUGUAACAAAUGUCAAUUUAGGGAAAUAUAUUGUUUUACAAGACCACAGGCUCUCACAAGGAGAAUACAAGGAUAUUCUAUUCUUCUCUCAAAUUAUAUUGAAUAAGAUGAAAUCUAGACGCACCCAAAAGUCUACAAAACCCCGUUUACAAGACCCCAAACUCGCUGAUAAGGGGCACAAGUCAGCCUCGAAGAGCCAUGCCAAACCACCAUGUGAAUCUUAUCCUGCCCAAAAAAAACCUUUCACUGGGAAGCUAUUCUACUUAGAUUUGCCAUCAAACAGAAGAGCAGAGACAUUAGAGAACGAUAUCAAAAGUUUUGGAGGGAUGGUGGAGAAGUUCUUCAGCAAGGAGAUCAAGUACCUGGUGUCUAAUAAGAGAGAGGCCAGGUAUGUGCAGUGUCAUGGCCGCGACUCACUUGUCCCAAGCCCUGACUCUGGGCACAGCUCCCCCAACCCUCUCCCCCGUCCCGGCAGCCACAGAGACAGCCUCAAAGGAAGCUCCCAGGGCCAGGCAGACAUGGUGGUCAUAAGCAGGGGCAAGUCUUUUGUGAAGAGAGUUGUAAAAGAGCAGGUGAGAAUACAUGUCAACGAGAUCCUGUCCAAUGCUCUGGAGUGGGGAGUGAAAAUCCUGUACAUUGAUGAUGUAAUAGCUUAUAUGGAAAAGAAGAAAAGGAAUGUUAAGUGUACUGCUGAAAAGCCAACCGCAACCACAGCUGCUGUCAAGAAAAAUGCCAAAGGAGAACCUACACAAAAACCAGCCUUCCAGAAGUAUAAGGGUGGAAGGAUCCGUAAACCCUUUGUAAAGGUAGUGGACUCCAGCAGACAUUACCGUCCAAUUUAUCUGGCCAUGCCGAACAUGCCAGAGUUUAACCUAAUGUCAGCUCCCCCCUGCAGUCCAUUCUAUGUAGAGGACCAGGAACACUCUGGGAAGAGACCUAAAGUGCACGGGUGUCUCAGGGACCGAGGGGCGAGAGUGUCAGCCAGUGAGGAGAGGGGGCAGGACCGGGCCAGGAGGAACAGGGAGAAGAAACGUGGAGGCUACUGCGAGUGCUGCACGCUCAAAUACAACAACAUCAAAGCUCACCUGCGGAGUGAGCAGCACAAGGCCUUCUCCAGAAGUGAUGAGUACCUGGUGGUGGACAGGCUCAUCACCACACUGCCCUUCAACUUCAGUCACGUCAAAACAACACAAACUCCAACCACAAGGUCAAAGUACAGCAUAACCUCCCUGAUGUGUGUUCCUGGACCCAGUAUACAGAUGGAGGGAGGUGUGGAAACCAAAGAGCUGAAGGGGGGAUUAAUGUCCCUCUGGUCUACUACAGUGGAGCCCCCUCUCUCCCAGAGUGUGGAAAACCCCUUGGAACAGCCUCGGAAGCGCAGCCGAGGAGCCCCUGUUCCCCACAGCCCCAGCGAGGGUGAGAAGAGGUGCUCUUACGUCCCAGACAGACCCCAGCCCAAGCACAGAUCCCUGUCCUGCAAACAACGCUGCCGACAGGGAUCCCCCCGCAAGCACCCCCAGAGGGCUGGGCUGAGUCAGACACCUGUGUCUAAUGCUGAAAUAGACCCUUCUACCCUUGACUCUGUCGCUAACCCCAGACUUUCCUAUCAUGGCCAGAGAACUCACACAGGCAAAGAUGGCCGCUCUUCAUUUAGUCACACAGAGGAUUUACAAUGUGGCGAUCCAGCUGGACGUGUGAAGGUCCCUUCCAGUCAGCACAAGGUGGCAGGGCCUUCAGAACACCACAAGCUCAGAGCUUUAGAGGAGAGUGAACUGAGUCAGGAUACGUUGGCUGGAGAAAGUCUUCCCGGGAAUACUGGGGGUGUUCCGGAGCUCGAGGCAGGAGACACGGAGACACACACCCCUCCUGCCAGGACGUUACAGAGGAGGGUCAGGGAUUACAGACGGAAGAGAAGGAAAGUUGAGAAGCAGCAGACUGCUCAGGAGCAGGAAAAAACGAGCAAUGUUCCCAGCAGCUCUCUGCUGAACCUCUGGCAACUGUUCCACUCCAGUGAGGACAUGGAGUGUGAGUUCAGAGGCUUUCCCAGCUGUUCGACUCCAGUGAGGACAUAGACUGGGAGUUCCAGGCCUUCCCCAGCUAGAGAGGAGGAGGAGGGGGUGGGGAGUCAGGGUGACCCAGAAUCUUCCCAAUAUGAGCGCUAACCUGUGCCGGACUCACCCAAUGAACUUAUUGUAUGACAGUUUCAUUGAGUGACAUAGCAGAUCUAUAUGGGAACCCAUUGACUGUGGCUCUUUAAACCUAUGACUUCUAUAAAGGGAAUAGUUCCCUUCAGGUUGGGAGGGUGGUGGCGCAACACUGUUGUGUUGAUUUAACCAUGGCAGCUUCUAGUCUACCUGGCUUUUUUACCAUAACUGGUUUUAUCUGGAGAACAGCCUGGAGCACUAUCCCCAGUUCUGUACAACGCCUGCAUGUGUUCUGGUGUCCAGAGGAACUGCAUGGUUGUGUUUUUAGUAUGUGGUAUUGUACAUUUUUAAAACAUUUAAAAAAUAAAAAGGGAUACAACCGAAGGUCUUCUAUUGAAUUGUCAUUACAUUUACGUACAUAUUGUACAGGUGAAAAAGGUCUGUUUGAUAAAUGAAAGACUACCUAAACCGCUCUGACAUGUCUGUGAUCAGUUGAAUGAGCACAUUCUCAUAGAUAAGAGUACAUAGCUCUGACCCUGGACAAGCUGUGUUACACAAAGGAGAGGACUCCCUCAAGGCUAACUUGUCAUAAAGCACACCGUCCUCUUAUACAGCCACCAACACAGAGAGACUCUGAGACAAGGCGAGAGGGAUUGCUUCCUCUUUCCCUCCGUAACAGUAAUAAAGAAGUAUUUGCACUUUCUCAUGUACUGAAUGCAUCUAGAAUUCACCUCAGCAUAACUGAAGGAGAAAUGCAUCCGUUUUCUAGACUUACCUUAUUUGUGUGCCUGUAUUUAGCAUAGUGCUCUUGUUCUCCCUCAUUUCUUUAAAAUGAAUGCACUGGGGUCAGAUGGGAGUUGUUAUGUGGUGCUGGUGAUUAGUGACUGAAUAGGAGAUGCAAUUUAAACUUGGUGUCUGGGGCAGGCAGGGCCGUGCACAGACCUUUUGGGGGGGGGGGGGGGGGGGGGCUGGCUUGAUGCCAGCAGGGCAGCCCUGUUCUGCCUCUCAAAUAUCGUAAUGCAUUUGCCAGAAUAUGUAACAUCUUCCUCCCAUAAUGUUGAAGUCAUAAUAUCGAUGUUACAGCUUCUUUAGACAUAGGUCAAGUUUGGGUGGCUACUGGCAAUUUCUGAAAUAAGACCACAUCACCAGGUAGCCUGUUGUUCUGGCAAUGAUGAGUCAGUAGUUGAUUGCUGAACUGUAUUUUAUAUGGAUGAUUAAUGUAGGCCUACUCUGUUUUUGCCAGGUAAUACUGUCUUUCUGUCCACAAAUCUGGAUAGGUUAGGGCUAUUUGGAAUCCUUGGGACAUCCCUACCCUAAACCUAAGCUUAGUUUAACCCAUACCACCUUUGCCCAACAAUGCUGAUGACUGGUCAUUGUCAGUGGAGUGUAUUUAUCAAUGCCAAUGGAAGCCAGCCCCACCUCCCAAAAUUACCAAGGAACAAAUAAAAAAAACAAAAUAAUUUA